GACCACGCGCACAAGCACGACGUGCCUUUGGGCUUCACGAGCAGUGACAUCCCUCUGUCGGAAGUGGCGCGGCACAACAAGCCGCACGACUGCUGGAUUGCCAUCUGCGGCGAGGUCUACGACCUCACGGACUUCCUGCAGCACCAUCCGGAGCAGCGCAACUCUAUCCUGGCCUGGGCAGGCCGAGACGCCACGCCCAUGUGGGACAAGAUCCCAGGCCGCUUCCCAAGCAAGCAGUGGAUGGAGUUCUUCAUGCGCCCCGAGUUCAAGACUGGCAAGGUGGGACCCGAGCCACCGGUGGACAACAUCAUCCGUGAGCUCCGUGAGCUGCAUGACGAGCUGCAUCGCCUGCAGGGCCCCUCCAAGGAGGAGAUCGAGGCGGUGAAGACGGCGGUGAAGGUGCCGGGCAAGACGGACGCCCCGACCCUCUCA